AUGGCCUCGUCUGAGAAAGCCGCCAUUGCGGACACCACCAAGUCAGCAUCGGUCAGCGACCAAGUCGACAAAGGCGACGUCGAACAAACCACAGCCGAUGUCAAUCUGAAGAGAACGAAGGAUGGCAUACUUCUCGUCCCUCAACCGACCGAUGACCCUGAAGAGCCUCUUAAUUGGAGUUUCGCCAAAAAGCAUGGUGCUCUCGUGGUCCUGGCAUUGGGCUCCUUCUUCGUCAAGUUCACCGCCACGAUUCUGGCUCCCGGGGCACAUUCCCUCGCCAAACAAUUCCACGUCACUGCCAAACGAGCGGUCUACAUUGCCAGUGCGUCCUCGAUCAUGCCUGCCGUUGCGCCAUUCUUCUGGAUUCCUAUGAGCCAUCGAUAUGGACGACGUCCGAUGCUGAUGGCGGGAUCCACCAUGGCCAUUGUGUUUGCCCUCAUCAUUGCGCGGGCCGACACUUAUGCCCAGGCCCUUGUCUGUCGUCUCUUCAUGGCCUUUGGGGCGUCUUCCGCCAUCUGCAUUGGCCCCGCCGCCAUUAGUGACAUGUUCUUUCUGCACGAGAAAGGAACGCGCAUGGGCUUCAAUACCAUCCUCCUGAUUACCGCCCCUUACCUGGGCGGCGUCGUGGGUGGUUCGAUCAUGUACAAUCCCAACCUGGGCUGGAGAUGGACAAUGUACAUUGCUGCCAUUCUCCUCGCUGGGCUUCUCAUCUGCCAGUUCCUGUUCGUUCCGGAAACUAUUUUUGAUCGAGCGCUGGCCAAGCCCGUCCAUGAAAAGCCCCCGCCAACAAUCGCUGCUCGACUUGGCUUUCGCAGGCCGACCGCCACCCGGAAUGAGAACUGGGGGCACACUUUCACCCGGCCGUUCGCCAUGUUUGCCUACCCCGCCGUUGUCCUACCGUCGUUCUGGUUCUCGGUGACGGCCAUGACCGAGGUUGCCAAUACCGCCGGCUUCCCUUUGAACUUUGGCCCAGGAAGCCGCUGGCAUUUCAACACACAAGAAAUCGGCUUCUGCUCUUUUUCCGGGUUCAUCGGUGCCAUAGUGGGCGAAUUCUUCGCCGGCCCGCUGUGUGAUCUGGUGGCGAAGCGACACUUGAACAAGGGAACUGCAUGGAAGCCCGAAUAUUUGCUGCCCCUGACCAUCAGCGGGCUCAUUACCGUUCCCGCUGGUCUAUUACUCUAUGGGUUCGAGCUGCAGUGGCCGACCGGCUGGGCUGCCGCCUUGACGGGAGUCGCCAUUUUCACGGCAGGACAGGAGAUCCUGAUGACCGUCCUCAUGACCUACAUGACCGACUGUUACCCUGGCUCGGCCUCGGAGGUCUCGAUUGUGUUUCAGUGUCUCCUCAAUGCCAUGGCCUAUCACCCGCCCUUCUACGUUCCGCAGUGGAUAGCGGAGCCAGGCGGAGCUAAAGUCCCCUACAUUGUCUUUGCCGUGCUCCCGGUGGUGUUUUUCCCCUUAACCAUUGGAGUUCUCAUGUGGAAGGGACCCCAGCUCAGGGCUCGUGGUCCGUGGUUUACGAUUUAG